GGAGUGGCUCGAUGGGUAGGUGCUUGGAUUGGCUUGGUGGGUAGGUGCUUCAGGCUGUCUCUUAUACACAUCUAGAUGUGUAUAAGAGACAGGUUCAUUGCUCUGCACGCAUGCCACCUGGCCGGUGCUCGCAUCCGACGUGGAAGGAGGAAGGGGUUGAAGAGGCUUCGACAAGGCGCUUCGGCGAGCAAAGGGAUGGGGGAUGAAGACAGUCGGGGUUGUUAGGGUUUCGGGAUGGGGAGGGGGGGAUACGGAGGAGGGAGUGGAAUGCAGCACAACGUCCACCACAGGUUUGAUCCAAAUCUGUAUUCACAUCUCCCUCCUCACCAACAGCCUUUGCCUGACGACACGACGUGGUCACCCCCUCCAUCGACAUUGGAUCUGGCAUGGGGGUCGACACAGACGUCUUACAACACACCAGCACGAGUAGAAAGCACGGGAGGGGGUGUGGGUCCCAUGUCCGCAUUGCUGGGCGAAACGCGGGGUGGAGGCCGUCUUCCAUUCGAUUUGCAACUCUCACCGGCGACCACCAUGGACGUGUCUAGAACGAUCCUCGUCCAGCAGAGUGGACAUGGUGGCGGCACCAGCACGCAGACAAUGCAUGCCAUCGACCUUGACGACGGGAUGUCAAUGCAUCGACCGAACCACGUGUCAAGGCCUGCGCCGAGCCAAGCCGGACCUGCUGCCAGCGUGUCGUAUCACCAACCUACGGCAGGCACGACCAUGCAGGAACGGAGGCCUGAUCUGGGCGGUGUUGCGGAAUCCCCUCGAUGCGUGGAGCGUAUUGUCUGCCGCUUCAAUAGCUUGCGGGCGACCAGCGACGGUGAUGGAGCACGACCGAACGGUGGUGCCAGCGAGGCGGACCGCAUCGACGUUGAAGACGGCGAUGGUCACGACUAUGAGGAAGACAAAGCUUCGGUCAAGGAAGCAGCCUCCAACGGGACGAAAAAGAAAGCUUCCAAAGGUCGUGGGAAAGCAAAUGGAAAGGAUAAGGAAGGUGAUAGAAACGACGAGGGUGGCGGGAGCAGUGCGCGGGGGAACUGGAAUUUGAACGAGUCCCUCGUUCUUGUCCGGUGCAAGAGAGACCAAGAUGACUACUUUGCUAAUGUGGGAACCAACUUUGCUAGAACGAAAACCAAGGACCAGAAGUGGAUGGACAUCGCUAAGCGGAUGGAGAAGGAAGGAGUUCGGCGGGAUGGGGAGCAAUGUAUGAAGAGGUGGGAGAACAUAUUCGGGUGGUACAGGAAAGUGUGGGACAGGGAGAAGGACUCGAGACUGCAAUCGUACUUCCUCAUGAGCACGAAAGCACGGAAGGAGAAAGGGUACAGGUUCAAUCUAGACCGCACUCUGUAUGACGCGAUCCACAUCAUGCAGGGGAACAACCAGGUCGUUCACCCGCCGAAUCUCGUGGACGCAGGCAACAGACAAGGACAACAACCACAACUCCUCUCGUCGUCUUCUACCGCGUGUCGAACAAGCUGAUGUCCCCUGCCUGGUCGGAUCCUCCGUAGGGGACCACCAUCCACAUUCUUGGCGAGUAGCCGUUAUC